AUGGUCUAUCGCCAACUGUGUAGGCGGUUGAGUUUUGUCGUGAGUCCCAACGAGCUCUAUGAGAUGGGUCGGGAGUGCGAGCAGCCAUCCGAACGAAGCCAUGUGUCUGCCUUCCAUCUGUACCUCAAAGCUGCUCGACGAGGCCACCGCGAGGCGCAAUUCCAGGUCGGACUGUGCUAUUACUUUGGGCUCGGCAUCGAUCGAAGCGUCUCCAGGGCUGUCCGCUGGUUCUCCGAGGCCGACAGGGGCAACCACGCCUACGCAAAGUACUAUCUCGGCCACAUCUUCAUGAUCGGGGAUGGCGUCAGCAUCAACUACCUCACCGCGCAGAGAUAUCUGGCCGAGGCCAAGAGACAAGGCGUUGUCGAGGCUUGCUAUGACCAUGCCGAAUGCUGCCGGCUCGGCCGGGGCCGCAGUGUCAGCAAGAUCGAGGCCCUAGAUGGAUACCGCAGGGCAGCCGCACAGGGCCAUGUGGCAGCCCAGUUCCGUCUCGGCGAGCACUAUAUCAACGACAGCAGUUCCGAGAACCGCAGCCGCGCCGUAUCCUGGCUCGAGCAGGCCGCCGGCAACCAGCAUCCAGAAGCCCAAUACGCCCUUGCCCUGGCCUGCCUCAAAGGAAGCGCUGUCGAGCAAGAUGACGAGCGAGCCUUUCGAUUGCUUGAGGAGUGCGUCGAGCACUGGCCCGCUCCAGAGGUCCACUUCCAACUGGCCGAAUGCCACCUCAACGGCCGUGGUACCAGCAUCGACCACGCAGCGGCCAUCGACCACUACAGGCUUGCCGUCGAGGAGGGCCACAUCACGGCUCAUCUCAGACUCGGCGAGCUUUAUCAUGACGGGGUCGGAAUGCACUGCGAUCACCACUGUGCUUUUGAACUCUUCCAGGUGCCUGCAAACCACGGUAUCGCCGAUGCACAAUUCCGUGUGGGCGAAUGCUACCGCCUUGGACUCGGGGUGGAUCAGAGCGACAGUGAUGCUUUUCAAUGGUAUCGACUGGCAGCCGACCAGAGACACCGCGAAGCCAAGUUUCAGUGCGCCGAGUGUCUCUACCACGGCCGCGGCACCACCCGCAACCUCGGCCGGGCCUGUGGCAUCUACAAAGAUCUGGCCGACACAGAGCCCUUUCAUGCCGGCGCGGCGUUCAUGGCUGGUCAAUGUCUGAUGACCGGCCGUGGAGUGCUCCGCAACGAGGAGGAGGGAUUCAGGUACAUCGAGGCAGCAGCCGAGCACGGAGAUGACACUGCUCAAUUCCAAAUGGGCAGCUACAGGUCUACAGGGGUGUUUGUUGGACGGGACACACACGAGGCCCUUCGCUGGUUCACACAGGCAGCAAGCCAAGGCCACCUCGAAGCGCAGUUCAGGCUUGGAGAGAUGUACUCGAAUGGCAUUGGCACCACGGCCGACCGGGUGAUUGCGGCCCAGUGGAUCCUUCAAUCGGCCAGAGGAGGAUAUGAGCCAGCCAUGGUUGCGUACGCUCGGCUUCUCAUCAACGCUCACGACGCUACCGAAGCCGAUAUCGAGGAGGCAACGGCCUGGCUGGAGAAGGCGGCAAAUGACCAUGGCUCGUCAGAGGCCCGAAGCGAACUACAGGGUCUCUUGGGCCGUCGUAAUUCAGCAUAG